AGGACGAGUUGACAUUGUCAUGGAUAAUGCUGGCUUUGAACUCCUAUCAGACUGGUGCCUGGCAGAAUUUUUGUUGAGUUCUGGACUAGCAACAUCAGUUCAUUUUCAUAUCAAAGCUAUGCCUUGGUUUGUCUCUGAUGUCACAGAAAAAGACUUCAAUUGGACUCUUCACCAGAUGUCUGCCAUGAACCACAUUGCUAUGAGCCAGCUGGCACAAAAGUGGAAGCAGCGCCUCAAUGAUAAGACCUGGAUCAUAGAGGUGGACAACUACUGGACCAUGCCUAAUGACUAUGCUCAGAUGGAAGAACUGAACCCUGCCCUCUAUCAACAACUUUCCCAAGCAGACCUCGUUAUAUUUAAAGGAGACUUGAACUACAGAAAACUUGUAGGAGAUUUGAAGUGGGAUUAUACAACCGAUUUCCAGACGAGUUUAAGGGGAUUUCUACCAGCUCCUCUGUGUGCACUUAGGGCACUGAAGAGUAAUUCAGUAACUGGUCUGAAAAAGGGUCAGGCAGAAGUGGCAGAGAAGGAGAGCAGCCAGUGGAUGGUCACUGGGGAGUGGGCAGUGCUCUCUUUCUCUUCAGGCAAGACAACCUCUCAACCCUGUGCCUGUUAGCACUGUGCCAUCUGUUGAGCAUGGACAGGUUCAUGUGUGAAAUCUGACGAGACGUUGGUCUGAAGUCUCGGUGUACAAAAUAUAUACUGCGGCAAUAGAAACUUUCUACUUGAGAGAAGCCUGUUUUGUGCUUAUUGGUCAAUAUAUAUAAAACAGGGUUCCCAAUCAACCAGGAAACAGGGAAAAGCCAGGAAUUUCAUUUUCAGAUUUUCUGGUCGGGAAAACACCAUGAAAAUGAAAAUAUAGGGGAGAAAGCCGGGAAAUCAAAGUGCUGUCAACAAUUAUGGAUUUGAUGGAAUCGUUAAAGUUUUAAAAAAAUCUUAAAAGGUUUCAAUUUUACAUAGAUCUAAAUACGAUUGUAACUGCCCACCCCUGAUUCCGAUCUAAAGAAAUGUAAUUGCUGUUCGACUCUCCCAACCCUUCCCCACCUUCCCGGCGUAUAAGGAUCCCAACAGUUUACGUCACUACAUCACGUGCAGCUAACUUUAAAAAAACCUGCGCCCUGAGUCCUGGUAGUCGCUCAGUAACCCUUUGCCUUAGAAAAACAUAAGCUGGGAGAAAGGCCAACAUUAUUAUUGUGACAAAGUGUAAAAAAUUCUUGCUCUUAUGCAUUGUGGGUGACGUCCUA